AUGUCCGGUCUGGAGCCUCUUAUUCCGUUCGCUUGGGGCGCUCUGAGGUUGACCUCGAGCCUUCUCACGGCAGGCUUCAAGAAGCUUGUAGGCGUUGAGGACGAGAGCAAUGGGCUCAUAGAGUGGUCGGGGGAUGUCGUCCUGAAGGCUCGGGACAAAUCGCUCCUGACGAAACAACAGGGAAGGGGAGACGGAUCCGCCGCGAUGAGAGCUAGUGAACAGCAUGGCCAUGAGGUUCGACGUGAUCUGGAAAGCGUGCGUGCAAGCGUGGAGCAAUGCCGAGCUGAGAAUAUGCUAUUCUUCACCACCUUCAUGAGCAGCAUCGAAGCCACGCAACACGGUGUGGACGUCUUGAGGAAUGGCCCGCUGGAGGAAGCGCAUAUGUCCCUGAAGGAAUUUGAAGCGAGUGGCGAUGACGUGGAUGAGCUGAAAGAAGCCAGCAGGAAGGCAAGGACGGCCUUGGUGACUGGAAGCACGCUGGAAAUCAAGUUCACCGCUGCGACCAUAACCAUCUCAGCCGGCUACGUCCAUAAGAUGAAGGCUGGUUCUCCGAGUGAGGCCAAGCAGGCCACGGUCAAAGGGUCACUGGCGAACGUCGUCAAACACUUUGCUACGAUCUGGGCUGACCCUUCGCGUUCUGGCACGGUGGAAGAGAGGAAGGUUUUGUCGUUCCUGCUGAACGUCGUGUCGUGCGUGUGUGUGCUCCCGCCCGAGAACGUGCCGGUCCUCCCUGAGCUAGACAGCCGCCUCCUCCCAGCCUUUGGUGCCCUUUGUGCAUCUGAGCCCGAGCUUCGCCGCUUGUACCCUGAUGUGGGGGGCGCCGCUGUCAAGGCGAUGCUUGAGGAAAAGACGAUGCAGAGUCUUUUCGAGUUGGCGACGGAGGUAGGUGCGGAUGUGACGGCCUGCACAAGCAAAGACGGCGUUAUUGAAAUCCUGUCGACGUCGGAGAGAGAUCUCGUACCGACACAGGCGACGGCAUGCAAAGGGGUGGUUGAAGAGGUCGUCCGGACCCCGUUACCGUCGGGAAAAGGCCCUGCGCCAGCGGUGGUUGCUCCGAUCCCGGCACCACCGGUGGGAAGCACCAGCACGGAUAUGGGCGCACUAAUGGCGCUUUACUUCCAAACGAACGGGCCACCGGAGAAGAAGGGGCGGUUGUGGGCGGCGGCUAAGGGGGGUUGGAGAAACAGGCGGGGCUGGGGGACGUUUGCUCCCCUCGGAGAUUGGUACAAACGACCUCCGAGGUGCGUCGAUCGCCUGGCCUGUUGUGGGUGAUUGCGUCCAAAAGUCUUGUAACGACUCCUCUACUGCCGCUGUCGAGGCGCAUGAAUAUUCACCGUCGUUGUGCAAUGCACGGCGUGAACACAUGUCUCUGUGCACUGCUGUUGUACAGCCUAAAUCUCAAGCGUGUGUUGUACGGUUCGGCACAAGUGUCGAGCUCAACGUUUCGGGUGCAAUCACACCGAGGCAUUGUCAUCAACUUUGGUAUUCCUCUCCAAUUCCGCUCGUGUUGUUUGCGUGCUCCGUUGUUUUGUUUGUGUGCAUUGUUCAUGGUUUGAUUUUCCUGACAUGCUUUGUCCUGUUCUGGUCCUCCCUGUCUUGCCUAUUCAUAUCCCAAGCGAAGCAUUCCGCACACUCGGUAUUUGGCAUAGUAGGUGAAUCCUUGACAAGAGAAGGCAUGGGUGUGUGUUGGAAGGUGCUGCGUUACGCCGCACUCCUGAUUCACCCCCAAGUACUGAUGUACAUCUGUUUGAAUAGUCAGAAACGCGAGUAGGGCAAGGUGUAGUCGGAUUGUUGAAUUCGUUUUGGAAGGUAUCGGCACAGGUACUCCGGUACCUCCGUUGUUUGGACGCCCCAAACCUCUUCAUACCCACCCUCUAUUGUCCAGCGGGCAUUCCGGUCAGAGCAAACGUGGAUUCAUCGCAUGUUCUUGCUUUUAUAUGGGCAUCUGUGAUGAGGGGCCGUUAGCCACACAAAUUUGCGGGCACAGUAUCACCUCUGGGAUGGAAAAGACGGUGACUACGCCAAGCAGGCUUCAGCAUGAAUACUCUGCCACACAACGCGGCAUGUCGUGUAGGGCCUGGUGAGCAAAGAACAACAGUGUACCUGAUCAGAACACGGACGUCGCGCGAACAUUUACCCGCCCGAGCAGAGUUGGUUUGGUGUUUGGAUGCUUGGGAGGGAUUCAAGACGUGGCGCUACUGGAGAAUGCAUCCCAGUGAGCCGUUGACUGGAGGUGUCUGGCUCGUGCCUGCCGACCUGAAUGCAUGAGAUGACUUGUCACCCACGAAAUCGUCAAGACGCAAAGGCGCUGUCAGAGCAGUUGACCAUGGCAUGUGUCUGAUCGGUCGUUUUUUUUAUGUCAAGCAGCUGUCGGAGCUGCUCUCGAAAACAAAAUCACUAGAGAAGCAAACGACGAUGUGCCGAGUUUUUCUUGGUCUUCCAUCGCCCCCACUUUCCAAACACGUACUACGUUAAAGUCUGUCUGAAAUGAUCAUCGACACAGCCAGAUCUCCGUCUCAAUGACUUCAUCGCGUAAGCACCAUCAGAAACCAUAAUUUUGACUCCCCCACCCUAGCCUGGUCCGGUGAGAACCCGGCGUGCUCCGUCCCGGCUUUGUAGGGAUGCGAGGUCAAUGGUCUAACGACUACGGCAUGCACGACUAUGAGACCCCCCCCCCCCCCCACCCAAGUUCAGCUCGCCGUCAGGGAACGUGAACCCUCUUGGCAUGUGUCGAAUUGUCCACAUACAAAUGUUUUCACAUGGCAUGACGUUCCCAUGUUGGGCUGGGGCUUUUCUCCACUGUGACUGUGAAGUCGUCGCAUCCUUGGUACGUAGCAUCUUGUAGGGCAAUAGAAAUUGACAGCUUCAUUUGAUUUCAUGAGUGGAGAACUUGUCCUAUAUAAUGGGAUGCGGGCUCUGGCCUGUCGCCUCAUUUGUGAUUCGUUUUCGACCGUUGGGCAACCGCAAGAGGCCUAUAAUAUCUCACCAUCCCCGGGAUCAACGGAGGCGUACCAUACGUCAAAGACGCGUCAUUGCAGCAGGGAUAGUAGCACGAAACGAAAAAUGCAUAAUAAACCUGACGAUCUCAACGUGGUGGUUGAAAGUCGCACGUUGGUACAUACCACGUCGUACGCCUUGGAACCUUUACAUUUUUGCGUUCCAUCCCCCAACUUGUUGUUUUGUUUCG